GCUCCGUUCCCCAAGACCCUUCCAUGGGUAGCUUCAAUGCCGCAGGUGCCCUGGCGAAUGGGACCGACGAUGGAUAGCCCCCCCAAGCUGACAGGAGAAACGCUGAUCGUUCACCAUAUUCCGCUGGUGCAUUGCCAGGUCCCGGACCGGCAGUGCGGCGGCGGCGGCAGCCAGCGCAGCAACCCUUUCUUUCCCUCUGACCUGGGGGUCAGACGGACCAGUUCGCUCCCCGAGAGGACUCUCCUGCAGGCAGACUCGCUGGUCUACAGCAGCCUCCUCAGAGCUUCGGAAGAGGAGCCCGUGGGUGGGCAGAGCCCUUCCCACACACUGGCUGCCCCCGCAGCCCCCCGGCGGCAGAACCCCUUCCUGCAGAGGGACGGCGAGGCCUGGGAUCUCUCGGAGGAUGACCCGGGGAAGAAGUCCUUCCACCUGCACGAUGGCCGGUCCGCCUUCCGCCUGCACGAGCCGGCACUGCCUCCCUUCCAUCUGCACGGUAGCAGCCCUGUGGUGAGGCCUUGGGGUGGCAGCCACCGGAUGGACACGGUGGAAGGCUGCCCUGGCCUGGCAGCCGACGAGGAGUCUCAGGACAAGGGCCACCUAGCGACAGAAUGCAUGGAGCUGGAUGAGUAUAGCUGCCACCGUGGGGACUCCAACAGCCUCUCCCUGGAGCAGGAGUGGGCCAGUGAGUCAGACGACCUGAUGAACAAUCCAGAGGCCGUCCGCAGCCGGACAUGCAGCUGCUCCAACUCCGAACUGCAGCGCUGCCGGUGCUACAGCCUUUCGAGCCAGUCAGAGCCCCUGGACCAGCAGAUGGGCUACAUCAGUGACUCCUCCUGCAACAGCUCCGAUGGCAUCCUGGUCAACUUCAGCACCCUCUACCAGAGGCGCCACGGCCAGCCUCACACCAACCUGAACUCGGGCCCCUUGUCUUGCGACUCCUCUUCAGGCAGCCAGUCAGACAUGGCCGCCUUUUACCUCGACUUGCACUCCUCGUCACAGGAGUCAAAGUUGCCCGGAGAGCUGCAGGAUCUGGGGGGGGCGGGGAAGUCCUGCGGGUGCCACCACCCUUCUUCCCCUGUCCUGGAUGCCAACUGCAACUCCUACCCACCGCUCUGCGAUCCGUGCCCAUCCGAUGGCUCUGACCUGACUGCGUGCUUUCAAAGCCAGGCGCGGCUCGUGGUGGCCACCCAGAACUACUACAAGCUGGUGACAUGCGACUUGUCCUCCCAGUCCUCCCCCAGCCCUCCUGGCUCUUCCAUUACCAGCUGCUCCGAGGAGCAGGCCAGGAGCAGCCCCCUCCAGCCCACCGAGUAUUACCUCUUCCAGAGACCCGAGGAGAGUGACACGGAGGGGUCCCGGGAUGAGUCACAGGAGGAGUUGGAGAAGAACGCCAUCGAAGGGCAGGUCUACAUCAACGUCUCCCCGCCCAGCCUGGCUGGAGGCAGGCAGCGCUCACGGAGCUACGACCGCCACCUGGACCGCAGCCCCUCCAGCCGGCUGGGUUCCCUGGAGCGCAUGCUGAGUUGUCCGGUCAAGCUGAGCGACAGUCCCUCCUUGGCCCUCCAGAGCUCCCCUCCCAAGCGGGUCACCUCCUUUGCAGAGCUGGCCAAGGGCCGGAAGAAGAACGGCUCCUCGCCACCCAUUCGGACCAGCCGGGACUCGUCCCUGGAGUUCUCGCCCAUCCCUGAGGGACAGAGGGACAGCUCCGUAUUUCUGGAGAGUCAGGAGCGGCACAGCCAGAGCCUCCCACCCCUGCCCUUGGCACGCUCCGAAGGCGAAGAUGCCAGAAGAGCCCUCGGCUUCAGGGAGGUGCCCACCUGUGGGCGAGAGGGGGACGAACAGCUCUUUUUCUCUGCAGUGUCAGAGAUGGGGGCCGGUGGCAGCAGCAUCUUUGGCCAGAAGGACAUUCGAGCCCGAGCUGAUGGUGGCGCAGCAGAUGGCAAGGUGGUGCGCUACAGCAAGGACCAGCGCCCCACCACCUUGCCCAUCCAGCCCUUCGUCUUCCAGCACCACUUUCCCAAGCCGGCGAAGGGCCGGGCCCUGCACAGCCACUUGGCCUCCAGCCUCUCCCAACUCUACAGCCUUUCAGCUGCCACUGCUGCUCGCCCAGCCAGCCGAACCCUCUCCUCUGCAUCCCAGUCCUCCACCUCCACCGAGGGGCCUGUGGGGCAAGGCCAGCGUUCUGCCGAUGGGGCGGUUUCCCUAGGUGACGGCCAUGCCAAGAGUGGGCCGGGGCCCGAGACCACUCGCCUGUCCCCGCUGGGCAGUUACUCUCCGGUGCGUAACAACGUGCCUUUCUUCCAAAGCGGGGAGUCGUCCUCCUGCUCGCCCACCCCGGAGACGCAGCCCCCCCGCAGCAAGUCCUGUCCAGUCUCCGCCAACCUCCUGCCCAGCACCAGAGCUUCUCCAGCUGCUGGCAGCUGUGCCACCCAGGGGCGUCCAGGGGCCGGUGUCUCACACAAGCAGAGUGAGAGCCCCUCUCCGGUGGCCAAGAAGGAGGAACCCCCCGGCCUGCCUGCAUCACUGGCCAAGGACCGGCUCCCAGUUGGCUCCCUCCUGCCGUUGUUGUCUGGGGGCUGGAGCCUGGCCGGAGCGGAGACCCACAGUGAACCCCAAUGGAAGAUAGGGGGCAGCGAGGCUGCCAGCUUCAGCUCCUUGGGCGUUGGCAUCACCCGGCCUCUCAAUGCCAACCACCUGUCCCUGCAAGCUCUGAAGUGGCGAGAGUACCGGCGGAGGAACCCCCUGGGGCUGGACCGCGUCUCAGACCUGGCAGGGCUGACCGGAUGCCUGGACUGGAAGCCGCCGGAGAGCAGGACCCCCUGGAGGAACCCUCUGCUGGAGAUGCCGGUGGGCCAUUCCGGACCCAGACUCCACGGACCCGCAGUGAAAGAGCCACAGCAGAGCUUCCCCGACUUCUUCCCCGACUGUUUCUCCUUGGCCGAGAAGCCGCCGGCUGAGUUCUGUCUCUCCCCUGAUGGCAACACAGAGUCCGUCUCCGUGGAUCUGCUGCAGAAGAAGGGCCUCGUCAAAGCAAUCAACAUGUCCGUGGACCUCAUCGUGGCCCACUUUGGGACCAGCAGGGAUCCUGGAGUGAAGGCCAAACUGGGGAACAGCUCGGUGAGCCCUAAUGUGGGGCACCUCGUCCUGAAGUACCUGUGUCCGGCCAUUCGGGAUAUCCUGAGCGACGGGCUGAAGGCCUACGUGCUGGAUGUGAUCGUUGGUCAGAGGCGGAACGUCCCCUGGAGCAUCGUGGAGGCCUCCACACAGCUGGGGCCCUCGACGAAGGUCCUCCACAGCCUCUACAGCCGCAUCAGCCAGUCCCCGGAGCUCAGCAGCCACAGCAUGCGCUUCAAUGCCUUCAUCUUCGGGCUCCUCAAGUAAGCAGGGCUGCUUCCCCGCCCGU